UUGGGGACUACAAUUUUAUCGGAAAGCCUGUGUCACAACCCGGUGUCGUGGAACUUGCGAGACGGGGACUUUAACCAAGCAGAAGGACUUGUAAUACAAGACACUGACACCAUUAAAGGUACAGUGCAAAGUAUUUAGCAGCAUUUAUCACCAUUUAGCAGAGCAGACUUUGGCAUAGAAUUUAAUCACCUGAAUAUGACAAAGGGAGUGGUGGUUGUUGGAUGCGCAAAUUUAUAUGAUCACAGACUGGAUAUUUGGGCUGAACAUGACAAUGACAUCUGUGGUAUUCAACACCCCUUAUUAACAAUAGCACAUUAUUGUCAAAGGUAAGUAGCUGCUCUGUACAAAGUUGACAUACAGCGUUGUCUUUGACUUUUAUUUUGCUAUCUGUGGUAUUGAACGUAAAAUUCUUUCAAAAUAGCUCCUUAGAUGUUUUGGUGUCAUGUUUGUCCACUCAGGGUGCCUUUCAUUGUGGCACACGUCCUCCUUUUUGUAGAAAAUCACCACUGUAUGAAUUCACCGCAGUCAAGAGUAGCUUUCUAUGGUCGGGUAACGAUAAGGGAUCCACUGCCGGUGUACGUACCAGAUGUGUUCUGGCUGCCAGAUCAGCUUGUGACCCUGCGCCUGUUGAUGACGUAACACUACGGCAACUCCACUCGGUCAAACUACUUAAGGCCCCAUUUAAUAAGAGCCAGAUGUGCUCCGUAAAAAGCCCCUUACGAUUGUCUUUAUUUUUGUUUGUUUAUUGAAUUCACCUUGAACGUUUGUCUCCAUUUUGUACAGAGAAUUACAGCUUACUGAACUAUAAUUUUGAGAUGUUGACUGUUUAGAAUAUACUAUUUGUAAAAAAAAAAAAAUCAUACAAAUGAUAAGGGCCUAUUUCUACAAGGGCAAACUGUACAUGUCUUUGGGCAGCUUCCUUGACCAAUUUGAAAUAUGUGUUUCCAAUCUGCAACAGAGAAUCAAAAGUAAGUUGCUUGAGCAUUCAUCUGAAGCUGGAUACAGUAGCUUUAAUGUACUUACAUUGGAGUCUAUGCAUUGAGGAAGGCCCAAACUCCAGAAGUCUUCCCAUGUCAGACAGACGUCCCCAUCCUUGACAACUAUCUCUGCUCCAGAUCGGGUUUUAUCAAGUACAUACUUGUACAUAGUGUUCGGAAAAAAAAAAUUGGACCUGUAUUUAAUUUUUACAGUUUGACCUCAGUUCCCCAUGAUAGAGGUUUAUGACCACACUGAAGUAAGUCAGCAGGGGGAGCUCUUGCUCUUUUAGCUUCAGUGAACACUAAUGGCUUCCAUUCAACAUACAACCUGAGGUCCAGAUUGACUUUUUCAUGGUACAAUCUUAAAGAUGGUGGAUCAUAUUUAUCAUGCAUCUCUGGAGCUUCUUGUCCUCAAAAGCCCCAAUCAAACAGAAGGGAGUAUUUCAGUCCAUAAUUUGACAGCCAUAGUUCGCCUUAUGUUCUUAAUCUUACAUACUGCACCUUUAUUUAUUUUUUGGGGACAGCGUGUUUUAAUGGCUUGUCUCUUACCUUACAUUCAAAGUCAGAUUAUUUCCACAUCUUCUGAUUUGAGACACAAAGACAUGUACAGACGUGUUAUUUUCAAAUACACUGUUAUUAACAGGAUCCUACUUUUCUAUCACUUCACAAAGCACGGGCCAUUUCUGCAAGAUGUAGUUUCAAGUUCAAGUUUCAGGUCUCAGCUUGAACUUGAAACAAUAGUCAGCUGGUUCUACUGAAUCCAACAUAUUAUGACCCAUACAAAAUAAAAACCAGUGCCCUGAAUGAACACUACAAGAUUCCAAAGCACCUUCAGAUAACUAAUAAUCUGCUAAGUUUAGACACCGUAAACUCAGAAUUUUAGCAAAAAACAAAACAGACUUUCAAAAAAGCCACAAAGACUUAAGCCUCAAGUGCAAACUUUAUUUCCAUGCGUAAAUUGGGCAUUCAAAUAAGGCACUAUUUGCAAGUCAGGUUUUUAAGCUGCCCUCAUUUACAUGCAAAUACUUGACGAAAACAACAACCAGUCUAGCAGCUCCUCGGCCCAACACCCUACAACAUGGACCGGUGCCAGUUCAGGCCAGUCCUUGUUUGUCCGUUAAUGAUACAUGAAUAAUUAAGAAUCAUGUGACUUUCUCUCUGUUUUGUUAAUAAACACGGAAAUGAUCAUCAGUGUAGCUCAAAUUCAAGGAGUCAGCAGCUUAUUCUUUUACAGCCCAAGUCGUGAUAAAAACAUUUUUUGUCCAUGGCUUCAGUAGCCUUGGAGCUGUUUUCAUUCACUGACCGAGGAGUUGAUUUCAGGCGCAUGGAGGAAGACUUGGCUGCGCGCGCGGAAGUCGGAGCGUAAAUUCAGGUCAGACUUGGCUUUGCAAGCUCGAGUGAAAUGUAAAACAGGAGUCUGACAGCAGGUGAAGCGUGAACUGCGGACGGGCAGUGAUAACGUGAAGCCAGCCGCCUCUUCUCCCACUUGGCCGCUAUUAAAUCGACGCUCAAGUUUCCAUCAGGCGCAGAGGAGCGCAGCACUUCUCACUUUCACUUCAUGGCUCAGCGCGCCGCUCACCCUGCCGUCCUCAUCGCGCUGCUGCUGUUUGGACUUGUUGCAAUUCUGCUGCUCACGAUCCCCGCUCAAGACAUCCAGGAGGCUCCGGGGUUCAUGGUAAGGUCGAUUCAGUCUGUUGGGUAUUUUUGGAUCAGAGUCUAAGUUUUCGGAGUGGUGUAACCAAAGCUCUGCUGGCCAGGGUGAGAAACCGGGAGUGGAGAGGUGUUAUGCACAAAACGGUGGCACUGAGGGGAUUGGGUGACACGAUUACUGGUGUCUAGAUAUGAAAUAGAGUUGUUCACUAGAACUUACUGUAGUCCAGAAGUGCAUCUACCUCAACCUUCAUAAUAAUUGCGUAACCUUGUAGUUUAGUCUUUAGUUUAAUAUUCCCACUUUGGCAAAUUUAGCCUGCCUUAUGUUUGAAUGUAUGGGAGUCAAGAACAGACAAAAUGACAAUAAGUCAUUUUGAAUUUGGACCCUUUGGCUGUUAGCUCUUUAAAAAAUGUUGCCAGCCUCAGGAUGUGUCAUUGAAAAGAGCAAAUAAAAGUGACUGAAACUUAAAAUCAAUAGAUGUUUUUUAAGAAAUUAUUAAAAACUGUUGACUGUAAAUAUCAUAUGGAGCCAAAUAUUGGACAAGUUUUACCACAAAAUUCAUCUUAAAAGAGUGGGAUUAUCUUAUGUUUGGUUAACUAUAAAUAUUUACUCAUAACAAUGGACUCAUUUAUCUGUUCAUCAAAUGCAUCCCUGAGUGAGCCCAGCUGCUGCACACAACUGCAGGGGGAUGAAAGAUGAAGAGAAGAGGUGCAUGAGAGUGACACAAGCGGCACAAAAGUAGAUUUUAUUAACUGACAAGUGAGGCCGAAUUAUACCUUUUUCUAUAGUAAAGAAAAAGCAGCAGACUGACUGUCAAACAGCAAAGAAAGUACUAUGCAUUUUGAAAAACUGGCACGAGGUCUUGCUACAAACAAGCGGCUCCUGGAAGAGAGUCAGUGAGUUGUGUUUAGUCUCUUUGCUAAAGAAAUUAGGCAAAGUUAAGAAGAUGUUUGGUGGCUAGUACUAUGGCUGGGACCCUAUAUGUUCUGUUGAUGAAGUUAGGUGCUGUUCUGAGCAUUAUUUGUGGCUAUAGAGUGGUGUUUUGGUUGAGUUUGUUUAUGGCUCCUCAGACCACUGUGUAUUGCUUUUUGCGGUCAUUGCUAAAGUUAGUUUAACUAGAGAAGCAAGCGGUCGGCAACAUUAAUCUCUUGACGUGGUGUCUAACUGGGUGUUAUGGUGUGUUUGACCCUAAAUUAAUUUUACACCGGAAUAUCCCUUUAAGACCAUUUAGUUGUGACAUUUAGCAGUAUUAGCUACUAUCGGUUAUCUCUAUUGACAUUUUACUUUACAGAUGGUUGAUGCUACUUUGACUCGACUGUUGGUGAGUCUUUUCCCACGGUCUCUUUUUACUCAUCACUCUGUCUCACCAAAUGCCCAGUCACCAACAAGCUCUGACUGGCUAGAUGUUAAGCCAAUCAGAGAUAAGUGUAAUUGGUACACUGUUGCUCCUGUAUAUGGUGUUCAAAGCUUGGCUUGGCUUGGCUUGGGUUUGGCAUUUUGCUUAGGUGCAGAAGUCAGAUUGUAGAAAUGCAUUGCAAGGAAGCCAGGUAGAAAGCGAAACCCUUCCAGACAAACUAGGGCGGAAAAAAUGAAAUUUUUCGAUCGUACAAACAAAAAGUUUAGCGCUUCAUCAGUGACAUGUUUUCAUUUUCCAAAUACAAAUUGUAGCCACGCUUCCCUCUUUUAUGGAUUUUUAUUGUACGUAAUAAAUCAACUAGGCAGACAACCCAGCAGCAACAAGCUGAAAGGAGGCAAGUCGCCCCCUACUGCAGCAGAGGCGGACAUGCUUCUGUCAAUAAUUAGAUUCUUGUGCUUGUAGAGUGGGACAACAACAGCAGUUGGGUUAAAUCUCCAACCUGAACUUUAUCUGUAGCUCGACUAUACUGUGGAUGUAAAUGUACUUAGUGUGUCACAUUAUUGAGUUAUCUGUGACUUUAACCUGGAGCACAGUAACAGUACAUGAUGACAGUGCAUGAGUCACUCUGAGUGUGAGGUCGCAAAGGGAUAACUCUAAGGAGAGUGUGGUCUAUUUGAAUCAAAUACAAUAAUUGGAAAGUAAAACAUUACUGAUAAACAAUACUCAUCCUCUUUAUUUUUAAAAUGAAAUUAGAGAUAACCUUCUUAUCAGUAAAUUUGUGAUGCACACACCCUUAAGUGGUGUCAUGGCUGAAAUGAGCUCACCUCAGGGAUGUGAAAUAAUGACCUGUAUUAUUUUCUUAUUGUAUGGAAACAAAAGGUAUCAAACUCUUGUAACAUGAGGCUCCUGGUGAGAUCAGAGGCAGCUGCUCAUUCAGAAUGAAAACCAGGGAUUAAUACAUUCAAAAGCUUUUCCCACCCCUUAAAAAACCUGAACAGUAGGUUUAGUUUAACCCUCUGUAGAGUACAUGAAAGGCAGGGAAAUUUAGUGCUGUGCUGUUUUGACAGACCAGAUUUUGCUCCAGCUCCUGUUCAUCCCCCUCCCUCUUUUACUCACAGGCCAAAUAUCCCACGGUGCCAUUGUCGUGCGCUGCAGCCCCCCUUUCACUUAGUAACAAUAUAGUCAACCAGUCACACAAAAAAAAGCACACAAAAAGCUUUUCCUAACACUUUGCAUUGGACAAGUAAAACAGUUCCCAUAGCUUCUCAAAUAAAGAGGGAAACAGGUCAUUAGAGCUCCUCUGUGAUUUUGGCAAGUGUAAGAGCGAGUCCUUUCAACUGACUGCACCGCCGCACUAACGAGAAAAUAUUAUGAGGCAUAACAAGGCACAGGUCCAUGUGGUGUCUGUGCACCUGGUCCACCGGCUGUAGAAGUCAAAUACUCAUAUAUGUCUGAGCGUGGAGGGAUGAGCAUGUGUGUCUAUUUCUACACAAGUAUUUAUGUUUGUGUUUACGUGUGUAUGUGUGUGUGCGUGUGUGUGUUCAGUCCCUUUCCCUUGGAUCGUCUGUCACAUUCCUUUUUGCAUGGCUGGAUUACUACACAUUCUGAGUGUUUCCUUUCAUUUGGGCAGAGGAGUGGAUUCAAUUUAACUUUCUAAACCGUCGUGAGAGAGGAAAUGCGGUCAGAGUGACAAAUUAUUCAUCUGGACAUGUAGAGACAACAUUUUUGGUCCCCUACCAACACGGGAAGCUGUUGUUUCUCAGCAUAAAACACUUCUGCUGACACUUUAAGACCCUUUGAGGAGCUUGAAACUGGUUUUGAAAAAGUGCCACUCUUGUACUGACUCCCUUUUUGUGACCUACAUAGCAAGAUGAGUUUAUUAGUGAUCGGGGUGUCCCGAGGCGACUGAAAACUUGUAAAACAAAACAAAGUCAGAACUUUAAGGUCCUGUGAAGAGCUGUCUGUCUGUGUUGAUUGUGGCGCCCCCUGUGGCCAAAGUGGUAACCCUUGUAUUGUUGUUGACUUGUCUAGUCCUUGUUUAAGUGGUGUUGAUUGACAGAAAUCUCCUCUUCUUGUUAUUUUAUCACUCGUUGUGAGUUUGUGGUGGAAAAGGUAGCAAAGACUGUAGCUUUAGCAAACCCAGUGUUGCCAACCAGGCGACUUUGGCGCCAGAUUUAGCGAUUUUUCAGACCCUCCUAGCGAGUUAUUUUCCAAAAAAGCGCCUAGAGACAAAUUUAACGAUUUUUUUUCUGGAGUUUAAAGACUCUGACAUGAAAGUAAGUAUCAGUGUUACUCUUCUCAGCAGGUAGCCGGUGUGCAUCAAAAGUACAGACACAUACAGACACCCUGAGGAAGACACCUACCCCCUUACAGGAGUUACAGACAUUAAUAUUAGAUAAUAGAAAUUGUCUCUCUUGUCAACAGUGGUCUCAUUUGCUUUUGCUGUUUGUUUUAGCCAGUUUAAAAACCAAUCAAAAAACUUCUCACUGGAGCUUUAAUUGGAUUUAAUAGGAGGUAGGUGUUCGGCAAUAAUCAAACAGAGUCAGCACUCUUGUUUCAGGGUCAGAGUGAACGGCACACAUACCGAGUCUGAAUAGUCUGACACAGAAUGAAGAUUCAACUUUAUAUUUAUUAUCCAACUACAAAGAUAACCCUCUUUGAAGAAGAAGGGGGGUCUUCAGAGACUGAUCAGUUGAGCUCACUCCUGUCCAUCCCUUCACUCCCCUUCUUCAUUAUUAUUUGAAGCUGUAAUUGCAGAGGAAAUAUUAAAAUCAUAAAGUUCACAGAGUCAAGGUACAUGGUGGCACAACCAAAGCACAACAUUACACUGGUAUUUGUAUUACUCAGUAUAUUUCAUCUCUAUCUCAUCACUAGUCAGAUUUUCAUGAUGAAAAUGUCAUUUAGAAUAUAAGGAAAUAAGUGGAUUUAGAAGAUCCCUAAUAUUUAAAUUAUUCUGAUAUUUAUUGGUACAUUAUGACGGUUAACAUGAAGCUAACCAACAAGAAUAAACAGGGGUUUCAAAGUUUAGCCAAUAUUACACAACAGUUUAAAAUUUUGCAUGGCGACAGAUUAUUACAUCACUUCACCGCUCUGCAUUCUGCAAACCUCCUAAGCCAGUGCCGCCCCCACUGUCUCACUGUCACACUGUCACACUCUACUUUGUUAGUAGUUCAAUGAGGGGCCCUGAAAAGCUGAAACAAUGACACCGUUAAAGAUAAAAAUUCUUGAACAAUAUUGAGUAGGAGAAAAGUUCUUGCUGCAGCUGUACAAACUUAAAAAACAGCACAAAAAAUAAUAAUAAUAAUAGUAAUCAGGGAUAAAAGCAGUAUGAAGUAAGAAGGGAUGAAGAUGAGUUUCAUGAAUACACAUGUAAAGGAAGUCUCUGGAGGAGCGAGAUAAGUUUCAUCAGGAAACUCUUUUUUUAGAGUUAGUGAACAUUGACAAUAAACACACAUUGGAGUCAGAGUUUGCCAGAGGGUGUCUUCAAGAGCUGAGGACAGGUAUAUUAUUACGUACAGAAACUCUCAAAUGUAUGUUAGAACAUGAAGCACCGUAGAGGUAAGACAUUAAGGCCAAUCACAGCUUAAUAACCUGAAAUGAGGGUUAUUUGAUCUCUUUGCUGUCAUCAAGAGUCGAGCUGUGGUUUUCAAUCUAUGUGGGGCAUGAGCAGACAUGUGUAGCUGUUACAUGGUCACAGUUCAUUUUCAGAAAACAGGAAUAAUAUUCUUAACCAAAUCAGAUGUAAUUGUAUCUUUUUUCCUUUUUAUACUCAUUAUGUGGGGCUUUUAUUCCUUUGUUCAGAGAGGGUACGACAAAAGAUAGAGCAGAAAAACAAAAAAGGGAAAGAGAAACUGAGAACUGCAGUCACUGUACAAAAAUCACAAGAUUUAACCACUUAGCCAUACGGGGCCCUGAUUGUAAUAUUUCUAAAUUUUAAUCACCAAAGAGGAGCUUUCCGUCAACUAAAUCUUCAGCUCAGUUGUUUUAUUUUAGAUCUUUCAUGGCAAAUAAGUUGCAAGAGGAAACUUAGAUUUAAAAGGACAACCCACCAAGCAUUUUUUGGUCUAAAAGAGGUCUAAUAGACGUCUAAAUGUAGCCUAGACGAAUGGUCUACCACAAGUCUGAAAAUGAAAGUUUUUUUAGUCGUCUAAAUUUAGACCAAAUUUAGACUAGCCAGCUAACAGAGGUCUAACUGUAUAUUGCUCAACGGCUAUCAUAAUUAUUUUGGUUAAGUACUUGGAGAUCAGUUAUGCAUCUCACAGAUGCUUUUUGAAAUAAAUAGAUAUCGUAUAAUGGGUUAAAGUGCAACGUCUAAAUUCUGUCUAAAAAUAUACAGAAUCUAGACGGUUGAAAUUAGGUCUAAAAAAAAAACUAGACGUCUAAUAGCCGUCUGUUGCUCAGUGGGAACUUGCUUGUGUGAUAUGAUGGAGUUGACUGAGUCUGCGAUCAAGGCCUUCCAGAUGUCAAACCUUUAGGAAGGAACAAUCUUAAACUGUUUUAUGUUCAUCUGUCCCAUUAAUUCCAUUCCAUAAAGAUUUUAAUUCUGGAGUUUUGAAUUUUCUGUCGUUUGAACCUCAUCUCGGUUUGUGUCCUCUGUGUCUGUGUGUCUCAACAGUACGGGAUUGUCUUGGAUGCUGGGUCUUCACACACAGCUCUGUACAUCUACAAAUGGCCGGCAGACAAGCAGAAUGGCACAGGCGUGGUUACCCAGCACACUGAAUGCCAUGUGAAGGGUAAGUUUGAAAUCUCUCUCCCCCAGUAAUCCCUCUUUUGCAUUUCAAACCCUCUGGGGCCAAUCCUCCUACUCACUGACCUGAGACAUGACUCUGGAAAGACAAAUCUUUCCUUCUUGGUGGCAAGUGUCUGUGACGGGACCAAAGUAGCAGAGAAAGACACUAUGGAAGGAUUAAAUCUUUUGAAAUAUCUCCAUGAAAGGAUUGUUUGCUGAUUUACUACGUACUGAAAAAAUUGUUGUCCUUGUAACUACUAAAUUAUUUUUCUAUCAAAACCAGGUUACAAGCUGCCGUACAAGCAGAUACUAUAAAAUAACCCCAGUGCAGUAAAUACAAGGAGAAACAAAUAAACUAGUACAGCAGUUGUGAAAAGUGGCUGCGGAUUUAAAGUAGGAUACAGACUCAGCUAAUCCGACGUCUUCUGGCUGGGAGUUCCAGAGCUUAGAGGCACAAACAGUGAAUGCCUAAUCACCUUUGGACACCAGCCGAGACUCAGGAACAAGCCAAAAAUUCCUACCAGAGGGUGUCUAUCCUAGAUCUGUUGUAAUAAAGGGUCAAAAGAUCACCAAUUUAGGGUGGUGUCUGACCAUGCAGCUGUUUGAAAACAAGCAGUAAAAUCUUAAUAUCGAUUAAAGAAAAGAGUUGAGUUAAGAAAAACUUAAAGAAAUGUGUUCACCUCAUUCGGUAUCGACUGAAUGUUUCCUUUUCUAGAACCAGAGUUCAGAGCAUUACAGUAAACAUGAGCUUCUCUAAAUCUGGGAAAACAGCAAUGACCCUACUUUGGAUUUGAGUCUGACAUUGUAGAAACAACACGGGACAACUUUUGACACAAUAGAAUCAAAGGUUCGAAUCAAAAACUUCUUCAAGGUUUCUGGCUUUUUCUUUGACUUAAAAAGAUGGUGGGCCCAAAGUAGAUCUGAAGUUGUUGAUGUGAUUCCUGGAGUCAUAAAAAUUAAGAAAAUUAUUAGAAAUCCACUUUGAUGUCACUAAGGCUUGACAAUAUGGAAAACACAUCAUAGUGGGAUAUAAAGUUAAGUGUCAUCAGCAUAGCAGCAGAACUGAAUAUUGGGAGUAGGUAAAUAGAAAAUAACAAUGAACCCAGAAUAGAACCCUGUGGAAUCUCACAUGUGAAGAAGCAGUAGAUGGAGAAAACCAACCAAAUUUACUGAAAGAAAUAUACCAGUUUAGUGUUACAUACAAAUACCAACAAAAAUUUCCAGACAGUUGAUUAAAGUUUUAUAGUGAACUGUGUCAAAAGCUUAAAGGAGAUCUUGAUUAUUAUCAUAAUAUCAUAUGGAGAUCUAAUAUCUGUUUUAUUUUGAAAGUAUCACAUAAAGAUCUAAUAUCUAUUCUGGGUGCCUUGGAGAUUUUUAGAGAUUGAUAUCUUUUCAUUUGUUACCGGGAUUAAAUAAAAGCCCUGAUAAAUUCUAGUAUUGUGACUAUAAGAAAUAAACUGUGUAUAGAAACAGAAAGAGGGAGAGUGGAAGAGGCCGUGGUCACAGUUUAAAAGAUUUUAUAGAUGCUGUAAAACUCAUCAGAUGCUGCAGAGCAGAUGUCUGAUCAUUUGUUACUGUCAAAGUUUUAACGCCCAAGCCAAGGUCCACAUUCAGGUCCUAAUCAUGACUGAUAGAGUCUGUCAUUCAGGGUGAUUUAGUUUAGUCAGUGUAAUGCUUUACUGAUUAUGAGCAGUGUUUUUAACCCUUAUAUGACCAACUGUGCAUCUUUUUUAAAGCUCUGUGAUAAAUGCAUGAGGAAAUCCUUUUCUUUCACAUUACCUGAAUGUCAACAGCAUCUUUUCAGCAAACUUUUGAAUCCCAAGAGUUAAUUAUUAAUACUUAAAACAUAAACUAAACUCAAUUGGCUUUAACAUUAAUCAUCUGAUGGUUAAACGAACUGACAGCAAACUCCUUAUACUGGUUGAUUUGGUUACUUUUUAUCCAUUGAUCUUCAGACAGCCAUUUUCUCCCCUUGUAUACUCAGUAUUAAGAGUGACGUAAAAAGAAAUUAUGUGACAGCCAGUGGAGCAAGUCUUUGUCCAAGGUGAUCAUAAAUCAGGUGUGAGUCAGUGUUGACUCUGCCAUAAGGUCAUGAAGUUUCCACACUCAUAUGAACAAAUGCUUUGUUCUCAACAUACUGUUUACACCUUCAUGUGCCACAAGUUUAUUUAAGAGGCUCAACAGUGAACUUUAUAACUGGGUUAAAUUUAAUCACCCAAUAAAAACAAUAAAAGAGGCAUUUUAUGAGUAUUUGACCAGUUAUAUUUGUCCGUUUUCAGCCAUAAAAAGGAGUAACAUACUGCUCCUUCUUACGGCUUUUACCUUGAGACAAGAAAAGCAAAUAUGUCUGCUUUUUUCAGUUUCCCACAGUUGUGCGUAAAUUGUCCCGCAAUUAUUUUUCCAGUGAACUGGGGCAACUCAGCCCUGGAGGGGUGUGAGUAGUUUGUAUCAUCACUCGUCUGCUCACAAUGUUCUGACAAAGAAACAAGUUCCUACACGUCCACUUGUAAUCGUAUUUUUUUAUUACCUUGGUUCUGUUGCCGGUUCAGGUGGAGGAAUCUCCAGCUAUGCAGGCCAGUCGGGGGCAGCAGGAAAGAGUUUAGAGGUUUGUCUGGACCAGGCGAUGAAGGACAUCCCCAAAGAGAGACACAAGCACACACCUGUGUACCUGGGUGCCACAGCCGGCAUGAGGCUUCUGAAGUGAGUCAGGCUAUGUGCGUAUGUAUUUAUGUAUUUGGGUUUAAGAGAUUGACUCUGCCUGUCACUUCUAAAGGGACCAUGUGACUGUGUGCUUUCUAAAUUAACGGGUUGCUAACUGGUUAAAAAGACUUUCAUCUUUGAUUCAGCUGCCCAGUUGAAUGUCCAGUUUUCAAUUAUUUUUAUCCUGCAUGUGUCCCUCCUCUUCUGAUGCAAAAAUGCAUAUAUCCACCAAAAAAGAGCAACAUAAAUUGAGACUAAGAGGCCUACAGAUGUAAACGAUCAUACUGUAAAAAAGCUUUGAUAAAACAAUUGAGGCAGGAAAAAUGUUGAAAAAAGACAGAAGCAAUAGAAACAGAUAGGAGCGGUAGAUAAGUAGAUGCAGUUAAAUCGAUGUACUUCACUGAAGAGGAGCCUUUAGUUUGAAUCCAACAGACAAAGUUGUAUGUCUCCUACCAAAUAUCCCUGCUGACAUUUUCCUGCAGUGAUUUCCAGCAGAGAGUGUCAUCUCGUUUCCUUGUACUCUGUAUCACCACAACAUAUCACCAUGGAGAUUAUAAACAAAACAAAACAAAUCUCUCUGUGAAACGCUCCAUCUGACACCUCACCUUGCGGCAUAUAAAAAUGACUCCUUUUGAUGGUCUGGUUUGUUAUUGUUCAUCAUAUACUGUGGAUGCAUCAGCUUUAUAUUUUCAAUCUACGUCAUAAUCAGUACAUAAAAAACUGCUCACAGUAGCUUUAACAAUAACAUCAUCAGUGACUUUUGUUUAUAUAACCUCAUGGUUUUGGCUGUAUGAAAAAAUAUAUAUAUAUAUAUUUAGCAUCUGGACUGGCAGUAGUUCUACUGACAUCCUUCUAGCUCAGUGAACUGGAAUAUCUUAUCUUAAAUUACAUAUUUGAAUAUUUUGCAUGACGAAGAGCCUGCAGCCUGUGUCUGUUACGAUCCAAGAGUGCUAUCUGUUCUUAUCUGUUUAAAUGAGGAUACUGUAUAUUAUCUGCUUUCAGAACAAGAUGAAAUGAACAAACUGUUUAUAUACCUGUAUGAUAGCACAUAUAUCACUCCCCUGACAGGAUGUAGUCGUGUCUCAUGACUGCUGUCUUGGCAGUGUUCAGAUUCUAACUAUCUGCAUCCUCCUCCUAAUCUAUUAUGCACCUGAUGUUUAUUGAAUAACAUGGUGUGACUCCUCAUGAUUCUUCGAGAGCGUAAAAUGUUUUGACAGACUGUCAGUAUCCUGACAUAUGAGACUUGACUUCAUGCAAAUCUGCUGCAGACAGCUGCCAAAUCGCACCAUCGUGGGUGAAUAUGGAAAUCAUUCGCUCAGUGCAAAUGUGUCCUGAAAUUUCAAUGAGAGACAACAACCUGCCUCCUCUGCACAUGAUACUUAUUUUAUAAGUAUAUAGCUCUAAACAACGCACAUCAUCUCAGUUAUAUAUUGAUGGCACUGUCCUACAGGAUCCAGUGUAAGGGGACAUGUAGCAAAGGGACAAGGUUGAAUCAAGCCCACAGCCUCUCUGCUGAGUGGAACCUCUACGUUGAAAUAUGAGUCCAGUGAAAUGCGAGUCCAGUGAAAAAAAACUGCUACUACUACUACUGAAAAAAACAGCUGAUCCUUUAGUGUCUACUUGAAGCUGGAUGCAAAAGCUGUAGAAUUCUUAUUACCAUUUGUGUUAAAAUGCUAAUUUUAACAGCAAAAUUGAAAAUAUUUACAGCCUGGUUCUAAAAACAGCCUGAGUCCGGGUUCUUCAGUCAUAGUUAGUUUUCUAUAAUUGAUCUAUUUUGAACAAUUUGAAACUGAGGGCCUCCUUCAUUGAUAACUGUGAUGUUAUUUUCCUCUCAAUGCACAAUGGCCAGUGCACACAUUUAAGUUGCACCCACAUUAGUAUUAGUAUUAAAAGGGCGCGCGGUCAGGGGCAAAGAUUGUGUGUUGCUAUCUUGAGAAUGCAGAGAGAGCCUGCACCUUAGACCAACAAAAACCUGGUCUGAAGCUUUAUUCUCGUUGGGCAGGGUAUUCCUGCUGUUUGGAGUAAACAUGAGUGAGGUGGUGUAAGAGUUUACAGCAUGUAAUCCUCUACUUUUCCUGCACAGACAGACAGCGAUACUCACACUCAGAGGGAAAUAUCCUUUUAUUUUUCUUAUGCGCUGUAAUUAAUGGUUGUUACUGGAGCUGAAGAAGACACUGGUUUUACUACCCCUAUCCAUUUAGUAUACAGCAGAGAAUACAGCAAUGUGAUCCAGCAGCAAAAAUGAGCGAAUAAAGAUAAAAAGGUGACCUUUCUUUGAAGUCAGCUACAUCAGAGUUAGUUAAUAAUAAUGUAUACAAUCAAGGAUCUUAGAACAACUUCUCUGAGCUCUCCCCCUCCACCCCUUUGUGCCGUGCAGUUAGACUGUGCAUUUUAGAUCCUUUGAAUAGGGCCCUUAGAGUCAGUGAUAAUCAUCACUAUUCAUCUCAAUCAUGUGAGCAAUAACGAUGUUGUUACUAAUCAUCUAAUUGUCUCUGGUCUUAAUGGGAAAUGUAAAUAAAUGUGUAACUGCAGGAGAAUUUCAUGGAAGCAUUUCGUUUUGAAAUAAUGGUCUUUAAAUUAAGUAUGUUUAAUACUCUUGCUCAGUUUAAUGAUUUAGUUAAAUGGCUGCUAUUUCUCAGUAUGUCCAGACCGGAGCAGUCCGAUCAGAUCCUGAUGGAAGUGGGCCACAAAAUCCAGUCGUACCCUUUCAACUACCGGGGUGCAGCCAUACUGAGUGGUCAGGAGGAGGGGGCGUACGGCUGGGUUACUGUCAACUACCUCCUAGAAAACUUCAUAAAGGUAUGAUAACCGCUAUGAGGUGUGUUUUUGUCAUCAGCACGGUACAGAGUGGAGACAGCUGUCUCUUGAAAGCUGAUUUUACUGAUGACACCUAGUGGUUCCUGCAACACCAAGCAUCAAACGCGUUAAACUGUAUAAUUAUUCCCUCAGUUAUCAGAGCCCACUAAUCUAGAGUGACAGCUGCUCUAUGUGAUAUUAACGUACAUUUCUGCUGACUCCUCUUGUUAUCUUCCUGCAGUAUGGUUUCGUGGGGCGCUGGUUCAGCUCUGGCAGGCCCACAGUGGGAGCGCUUGAUUUUGGCGGGGCGUCGACCCAGAUAACGUUUGCAACCAAGGAGGAGGUGGAGGAAAAACAGGACGGGGUAAAGCUGCAGCUCUACGGUCAGGAGUACUCUCUGUACACACACAGCUUCCUGUGCUACGGACAGAUCCAGGUCCUCAGGAGACUGCUGGCUCACAUUUUCAAGGUAGUGUUAUAGGCUGCUUAUACCAACUUCUGUUCACUGUAAAAUAUUGUUUGAACAAUUGUUGUGUUGCACCCCAUUGAUGGUUAAAACACACAAAAUACAAAGAUUAUUGAGAUAUCUAUCCACCUAAAUCACGAGAUCUCACUUAGCAACCACUGGUCUUGAGAGAUGGAGGUGCUAAAAACUGCAGUUCUCGUAGUGUCGUCUUGAGGCUGUCUGCAGAAGCACCAGAAACUACAUACACACUAAGCCAAAGAAGCUGUUUUGGGGUACAAAAAACAAACAAAUUUCCAGCCUGGUUCAAAAAACAGCUUUGGUCUGAGAAGCUCUGGGCUGCCUCGGCACCCCUGGUACAAGGAGUGGUUGUUUUUUUAACACUGUCAACGUUAUUCAGGAUUCAAGAUCAACGAAUUAAGGGCAUGGCUCACUUGACUGACAGACAGGCACACUGACUGUUACUGUAACUGUUUGGUUAAAUGCCAGCUAUGUUUCAUUUUGGGUUUGUGUGCUGGGAAAUGUCUGUCUUAAAUAUCUUGUAUUUUUUUGCUGCAAUUUUGCACAUGCACCUGCAUUUAUGUGCCUGUUAUGAUCUGCUGGACCAUGCAGUCUUUCUCAAGGAUCAGUGAGGCCAAAAGAAAAGGAUGCUUAACAGAUAUAAAAUUAUGCACCUGAAAUGCAUUCAGGCUGGCCAUGGUGAGACGUUGUAGAGACAUUCAUGAAAUCCUGAAAAUACAGCCAGCUUUGUUCAUUCACAAAAAAAGAGAUUAUUAUCUCUUUAAUUUUAGGUUUUAAGUUUUUAAGUUUUUUGAGUAAAAUACACGCCCAUACUGAAAUUUCAGAUUGAAUUUGGUUUAAUUCAUUCUGAUUCAGAACUCCCUGGUUUGACAAAUAUGUUUACUUUCAUUAGAUGUUACUACAGUACAGUUUGGCUUUUAUAAGAUUUAACCAUAAUAUCAGCCAUGGAACCAUAGGUCUGGUCAUAAUCCCUCUAUCAUAAUGAGUCAACUUAAAAGGAUAUUCCGGCGUAAAAUUAAUUUAGGGUCAAACACACCAUAACACCGAGUUAGACACCCCAUCGAGAGAUGAAUGUUGCCGACUGCUCACUUCUCUAGUUAUACCAACUUUACCAACUAUACCAACGACCGCAGGAUAGCAAUACACAGGGGACUGAGGAGCCAUAAACAAACCUCAACCAAAACGCCACUCUAUAGCUACAAAUAAUGCUCAGAACAGCACCUAACUUCAUCAACAGAACAUAUAGGGUCCCAGUCAUAGCACAAGCCACCAAACAUCUUUUUAACUUUGCCCAAAUUCUUAAGCAAAGAGACUAAACACAACUCACCUACUCUCUUCCAACAGCCGCUUAUUUGUAACGUGACCUCGGGCCAAUUCCUUUAUGGACUGCUCCGGGGUUACGCAGCUCAAGGAAGAACAUUUAUGAUCAUUUACAAUCCUGCGGUCGUUACUAAAAUUGGUAUAACUAGAGAAGCAAGCGGUCGGCAACAUUCAUCUCUCAAGGGGGUGUCUAACUAAAUUAAUUUUACGCUGGAAUAUUCCUUUAAGAAACUUUGAAAACUCAUUAAGUCGCAUUUGUCAUAAUCCUGUUCAUUUAAGAGAUUAUAAUGAGUUUAGUUAACAUGUAUCAAUGCCAAGAGAACAUGUUAUAUAACUCUCUGUCUUUCUCUGUCUGUCUCUCAGUCUCAGGGCUUCUCUGGCUCCGUCACUCACCCCUGCUAUCCUGCAGGCCACAGUCAAACUUUAAAGCUGAGCAGCAUAUUCGAUUCCUCAUGUACAGAUAAGUACAGACCCAACCCCUUCAACCCUGAGGCCUCCCUGACAGUACAGGGCAGCGGACAUUAUGAACAGUGUCUGGGCAACGUGUCUGAGAUCUUCUCCUUUGACGGCUGCCCCUUCUCCCGGUGCUCCUUCGAUAAAGUCUUUCAGCCAAAUAUCACCGGCAACUUCAUGGUAAGAAAGACACAUGGGACUUUUUUUUUUAUUAAGUCUGCUUAUGAAUGUUAAAGAUUGUGCCAAACUAAGAUGAAUGUACAUCAUACAAGCAAGAACGUCACUGGCAUUCAGUCCACAAGAUCAUAUUUGGUUUAAGUAGGGUGACCAUAUUCUGACUUUCCAAAAAGCGGACACAACUACACAGGGGCGGAGUCACAGAGUCACACAAAAUUAAUUAUGAGAGUUUCUCGGAUCGGAUCGAAUGCUUCUAACUCAGUAAGACCACGUGACACAAACUUGAAACUUGCGUACAAAACCGCGGACAUUUGAAGGAUUUAAUAAACUUCCCUGGACAAAGCCGAACAAGCUUGGACAGCCCCCCAAAAAAGAGGACAUGUCCGGGUAAAAGAGGACGUAUGGUCACCCUAGUUUAUGCAACCAUGAGGAACUUUUGCUUUUUGUUGAAUACAGUGCCCCCUAGGGGCAAAAAAUCAUAUUGACACUAUGUAGGAUGACCCUGAUUAUACAUUGACUGUCAUGAACUAGGCUACAGAACAGGGAGAACUCAAAUGCAUGACACAGAGCUGGUUCCAAAACCCCAAAGCAAGGUUUAUUUGCAGGCAGAGUUCGGUACACAAAAAGGCAGACAGAUCCAAAAAUGAGACAAGAAAGGCAAGGACAAAACACGACUAUGUCCAUGAUAGUGACUGUUCGUGUAAGAACCAUGAAGAAUGUGUUAGAUAUAUUAUUAUACUAUUUGUCUGCAGGGGGCUCCAAAACUGCCACAACCCAAAAGCUUCUAUCUCAAAAUAUCUAAAAAUUGAAGAUUAAAAAUGACUGAAAGAAAAAUGAUCUUGAGGAAAUGACACCUCUGUGUGUCUUUUGUGAAGUUUUGCCGACACGGUGACAAUGGAGAACUUCCUGCUUGGACAGGCACUUAACUGAAGGUUUCUACUUUCUAAAAAACAAAAUUUAGUGUUCAUUAUCCAUAAUAUUUUUCCUGUUACUCUCUUUUUUUCUAUCAUCAGGCGUUCUCUGCUUUCUUCUACACUCACUCCUUCCUUAACCGCACCUCUGGCAUCUUUGUGAACUCUCCUACGCGGCUGGAGGAGGCGGCCAGAAGUGUGUGCAACAUGAGCUUCGAUCAAGUAAAGUUCCCUUUUACUGAUACUCUGUGACCUUUCUGCUUUCCUCUCGGGUCUUGACUUGCCAGGUUUUUAUUUUACAUACCAUCAGCUAACUAUAAAUUAUCAUGCAUAUUACCCAACAGCCAUAUAAAGUUGCAGUAGCCUACGACUGGCUGGGUAUAUUAGUAUUUAACUUAACAUUUCCAGUGAGGUCAAAUCAGUAGCUUUUUUGUGGCUUAUUCAACAGCCACAGGUAAUAAAAGCUCUACAUGUAUGAGGUCCACUUAUCCAAAACUUUGUUGUUGACAUUUAAGGUCCUUACACACCAGUGAAUUUGCAGAGCGAAGCAAAAAAGCGAGACGAAAAUGCGAAAAUAUUCGCCGGUACGAAAAAUCGCUUUCGCUUAUACACACCGGGUGACCACUCUGUGGUACACACUCUCUCCCAUCUUUGCUCUUGGUGCCGGUGGUGGUGUGUGUCGUGUGAACUGCAGCCGCAUGGGUCUGUGAUGUCAUCAACAAUAUGACUUUUGAUUGGCCAGAGGUCUAGCAGGUCCAGAUAUUCACCUGCGAAUCUCCAAAAAAUUCGACACGAGCGAAAAAAUAAAAGACGCUUAUUGCCCUGCGGAAAAAUCACAGCCGGUGUGGAAGCUUGCAUUGACUUAAUGCUGUUUUAAAAAAAGGCGAAUAAAGGCGAAAAAUUCGCCUGGCGAAUUCGCGCCUAGUGUGUAAGGACCUUUACUUUUCACUCAGCCAGUCCUGCAACUUUAACUUGAGUUUUCCAAGAGAUGUUGUCACUUACCUUAAAGUUGCUAGUUUUAUUCCUAGUAUUUUUGUUUUGUACACAUGUCAAGAUUUCUAGGUCACCUUGAAUUUCAAUUCACAGAAUUUCAGUUACCCCUGUUCCCAUCUUUGUCCAGACCAACACAUUUCAUAGAGAUUUCAUGGGUCCAUUGGCAAGAAAAAACAGCUACUUGUCGUACAUUGUUAGUCUGUUUCUCUUUUUAAAGAUUAUUAUGACAAAAUCCUUGACCAUGAAACUGCCAAACUAACAGUCACCAAUCUCAGGUGUGUUUCUGUUAUUAAAACUUCACAUUUGAGCUCUAAAACAGCGAAUGUGGUGAACACCGUAAAAGCCGAAUAUCAGCAUCCGAGCUUUGUCACUGUGAGCACUUAAGCAUGCCUCAAGCUUUUAGCACAGUUGUUUAUAGCCUAAAAAAGCUUUCAUGUCUUGUUCAGUCAGAAAUGAGAAUAGCUUGCACCUGUAAACAACUCUCCCUGUUUGCUUGUUUUCAGCUGCUGCGUCUCGCUCCGGAGCAGAAGCCUCGUUUGCAGGACUACUGCGCUUCCUCUGUCUAUGUUAAUGUCCUCAUGUUGAGAGGCUACGGCUUUGAUGAGACAUCAUUCCCACGCAUUUCCUUCCAGAAGAAGGUGAGAGCUUCACCAUUACUUGAAAGCACACCCUAGAAGCACAUUUGUAUAUCGGUCAAUAAGGGCUUAUUUUCCAGCUACUCAGAGUCUUUGUUUGUUGAUCUUCAGGCGGGGGACACCUCAGUGGGCUGGGCUCUGGGCUACAUGCUGAGUUUGAGCAACCUGUUACCUGCAGAGACAGUGGGGCUGAGGAAGGCCCUGACCCCGGCAGCGUGGAGUGCACUGAUCUGUCUUUUUGUCCUCUUGCUCGCUGCAGUCUUAGUCUCCAUCUUGUUCCAGGCUCGAAAUGGGAAGAAAAAAGGAGGCGGUGAAGGCCCAAUCUAAACAUUUCAACUCCAUCCAGUACAGCUGGAAGACGGACACACUGCAAAUGUGUGUUUUUCUCCAGCACCUGAAAUCUGUAACUUAACCCUGAAAAAGUUAUGUGCUUUUUUAAAAACAUGAUCACUGAUUAACUGGUGUACAGUGUAGAAACUGGGACUUUUUACCCAAGACUCCAGUUCUAGUUUAAUGCAGCAGCACAAUCGUCCUUAACACUUCACUCUUAAUCCGUCCCUGAGUUACUCUUUCAGGGGAAGAUGCAAACGAGCUCCAACUAGAGCUAAAAAUCAAAUCUUCCUUCAUUUUUAAUCAAACAGGCUUUAUGUGUGUCCAGUACUGAGUCAACCCAGUGAAAACAUAUUUUUAAGAAGAUUGUACUCCACUGUCUGGUUUGCCACGUUGGAGGUCUUAAUGUAAAUUUGGUUUUAACUAAAAUUUUAACAUAACUUUUUUUUUUUUUAACCUCAUUUUAUACCUGUUAAAACCUGUUUCUCUCCACUUUCCCAUUUGUCUUAAUCAUUUUACAAUUUUGAUAUCAAUUAACUGAAAUGUACUUUGGCUGAUAACAGUGUAAUUUUAUGAAUAAUUUGGUCACGUCUUUAGCUUGUUGAUGUGUUUUUCUGUACAUUGUUCUUGUGUGUUUUCAAAUAAAUGGCCUCACAAAA